UUUUGGAAUAAAUUAUUGUACGGACUGGCUCAAUCCUAUGAAUAUGCAACAUAUCCACCGAUCGCUUCGAGUGGUACUUCUCUCUGCUUCUGCUGGGAAAUGUCACCUGUCGUGUGAUGUCGAGUCGGGUUACUUCAAAACAUUGUUCCGCCGCAUAAAUUAAGCCCAGCUACAUACGUUGAUUAAUUGGGUCGCAUUUGAUGAUUAAAACAUAAAUUGCAAUGGAUGCAGAAAACUUGGGCCAUGUACACAGCCAGCACCAGGACGAGGUCCGAGCUGGCCCAGGACCAGUCUUAGGGGUUGCGUUGGCACUAAAAUUACACUUAAUUAAACAGCAAGCAGCCAUUAGGGAACCCCUUUCGACGGAGCAAAUGGAUGUGCUAUGGGGUUGUAAUAUUCAAGAAAUUCUUUUAUAGGGACGUAAGCAUUCUCUAGACCAUCAUUACCGAUUGGAAUUAAACAGAUAUGUAUCAUCCACUGAUCCAAGGACUAAAAAAAGGCAGAAAAAUGACCGUAGCAUCCAUGGAAAGCUAUGCAUUACCAAGAUGAUAGUGCGUGUGCCGCGGGAGAAUGACAUUGGUUUGAUCUUUGACAUGACGGUGGUCAACCGGCACAACGGUGAGAGGAAGCUAACAUUCGACCUAAUUGUGUCCUCGGAUGGGCCAUGUACGGUGAAUACCACUAAAGGCGAAAAGGUCCAAGUGGGUCCCAUCUACGGGGGUAACUUUGGGAGCUUGGAGCCUGGCAAACGUGAAACCGUCUCCCUGGUGUGGCCGACUGUGUCGCUGUACAAUCGUGUGGGCUAUUGUCCCAUCGCGAUCUAUGCUUUGAGUCCCUCGGGCGAGCCACACCCGGCUGCAGUCAAGCAACUGCUGCACUUUGACACUCGAUUCGAGACCCUGGACCCCGAAAAUCGUACACUGCGCAGGCGAAAGGACUUUGUUGACUGCAAGAACUGGGACAAAGAAUACUUUAUGAACUGCCUGCCUGUCAUCUGUGAGGAGCGCUACUUCGGCCAGCGCAGCUUCUACAACUACACCACGGAGCAGUGCGAGCCGGUGCCGAGAUGCUCGAAUCCUGGCGAGUACUAUGACUACUAUGGUAAUGAAUGUGUGGAUCCCAACAAUGUCAUAACGGACGAGGAGCUCGAUCAGAUCAGGCAGGGAAAGUUUAAUGAUAUCCUGGAAUUGCGGCCGCCUCCUGGGUGCAAGUAUGCCAAACCGGACCCCCAGCCAAAAGGCAAGUGCGAAAAACCUACUCCAACGCCCAGACCCGCUACCUGCCCAUCAAACGACGAGAAAUGUUCAGUAUCCAUCAGACGAUCUUUUGCUGAUUUCAACAAUUGUUUUCAAAGUCUACACGAAAACGUUUCACCAGAUGCUCCAGAGUCCACAGACAAGCAGAUCGGAAAAAAGUCAACAGCUGAGAUGUCGCCGUUUAAGCAGUUUUACUACGACUGGUACUUGCCUUUGCGGGCCGACGAAGAAUUCACCCCGGACAGUGGCAGCGUCUCAUCCGGAUCUCAGCCCCUUUUGACAUGGCUUGCCGAGGUGGACUCCAACGGGUUGCUGUUGGUGAUUCUAAGGAGUUUUGCAAUCAUCUUAUUGACAGUUGUCUUUCAGGUGGCCAUCACCGGUGGGGCAUAUUUGCUUAUCUGCUUUUUGGUUUACGGCUUCCUCGAUCUGUUGGGCAAAAUCAGGAAGUCCAAGACGACAACCGACCAAUUGGCUAAGAAACUGAGGCCCAAGAUAGACGAAGACCGCAUUGAAAUCAUUACCUCAGAGAGUUUGAUGUCGCACCGUUUAUAGUUGCCUUUCUACUUUGUUCUUUUUUACUACUACUUCUACCCCACAUUUUUCCAUCUAUUAUGGCCAAUCGGUGUCUAACGUUAUAUGUCAUUAUCAAUCAAUCUAAUAAGUUUAAUUUUUAAAUGUAUAUUGAAGAACAAGGGGUAUAGAAAUCCAUCCAUACGCAGGAUUUUGGAAUUUUCGCUCUCUCAAAUCGUACUUCUGUGCAUCAUUCAACUGGAUUUCAUUCAUGUCGUCACUCAUUAACUUUCAAACAAUUCGACUUUGGCGCUCAAGUUUGGGGGAACUAUUUUGUGAUAGGAUAUCCUCUCUUUGUUGAGGGAUUUUUCCUCGCCACAAUGUCCUUGCUAAGCUCAACAAUGUCCCUACUUAUGUUUAGGCAACAUUCAAUUGUAUGGUCCAAACUCAUGUGCCAAGAAAUCUA